CCACGAUGCCUUCUCGAAUUCAUUGAAUCAUUCAGCAGUUUAUCCUAUAUCCGAACCUUACCAAACCGCAUCAAGAUGAGCUCAGCGUUUUCUUAUUGAUCUAGCAGGUACCUGAAAACGUCAUGGGCAAGUGUCUUUAUUGUAUAUAUUAUGGUGCUUCUAUAAAAGCCAUGGUUUCGAAUCUUUCCAUGCACCUCAACCGCGUGCAUGAUGAUGCACUUUGCUCUUCGGACGCUUUUCGUGUCAUAUCUAGCGCCUCUGGCUGCUGCACGGGUCUUUGACCUCUCUGAGUUACAGUGGACGCUCAGGAACCAGAAUGGUUCUAUUGUCGUGCCAGGCUCCUUACCCUCACAGGCUCACCUUGAUCUUUUUGAGGCUGGUAUCAUCAAUGAGCCAUUACUAGGCAUCAAUGAGUUCACGGAAAGAUGGGUCAUCAACGACAACUGGACGUACACCGCGGACUUGACUCCCUUCACCCAAAAUUACAAGAACGACACGUCCAGAAACACGCUCCUUGUUUUCUAUGGAAUUGACACUAUUGCUAACAUUACGUUUGCCGGCCAUCCCGUGGCUUGGGUCAACAACCAGUUCCGGCGUUACACCUAUGACGUCUCAGACUACUUGAGUGCUCCUGUCGGAGAGGAUAACAACUUGACGAUCGCGCUCGAGAGCGCAUGGUAUUACGGACUGAACGUGACAAUGCGACCAGAUGCCGAAUACUUCCCCAAUACUCCAGAUGUCGCUACUUCGGAUAAUUUUGAAUACCCUAACGUUCGUAUGUGGAUCCGCAAGAUCGACGACGACUUUGGCUGGGAUUGGGGUCCAGCGUUCGUUCCCAGUGGCGUCUACAAACCAGCCUACCUUGUGACGCUCUCUGAAUCUGAAGCUCAAGAUCCAACGUCUGAUGCUGCGUCAUGCCCUGUAACGAGCAGUUCCGUCCUUCUGGACGAAACUUCUCUCGAUAUCUACAAGUACGGCCAAAAUCCAUCUGCUGCCCCUGAUCAAUCUGCGGACUGGGUUCUUAACGUUACGUUUGGCAUUCGCUCAAUCAAAUCGUUCGAGAAGCCGACUGUCACUCUGUCCAUCCCAGAACUCAAGCUCACGUCGGAGCCGCUGGACCUCGGAUCCAUUCCUGUUAACAUUGAUGAAAACACAUACCUGAGUGUUAAUUGGUCUAUUCCAGACAGUGUUCCUGAAAGAUGGUAUCCAAUUGAUCUUGGUGCCCCCAAGCUCUACAACCUAACCGUUACUUUGGACCCAUCUCCAGGUCAGGGCGAUGGACCAAGUGCUGGAUCGAUUACUCAGACUAUCACUACUGGCUUCCGCACCAUUCAACUAUUGCAAACCCCUUACUCUGCAGAGGAGAUCGCGUCGCGAGGUAUUACCCCAGGUGACCAAUGGCAUUUCGCUAUCAACGGAAAGGCUUUCUACAGCAAAGGAACGAACAUAAUCCCUUUCGAUCCCUUCUACUCGCGCAUAAAACCCGAGGCAGUUCGUUGGGUCCUGGAGAGUGCUAUCAAGAGUGGUCAAAAUAUGCUUCGUGUUUGGGGUGGAGGCAUUUAUCAGCCAUCCGAUGCUGCAACCGAUGGAGGGUUGUAUGCCUUCUACAGUCUUUGCGAUGAGCUUGGUAUACUUGCGUGGUCGGAGCUCAUCUUCUCUGACUCGCUAUACCCCAUUAACGGCUUCCUGCUGGAAUCUAUCGAGCCUGAAGUGCGUCAGAAUGUUCGCAGGGUUAACAGGCACCCAAGUAAUGUACAAUGGGCCGGUGGCAACGAAAUUGAGGGUAUCGUGAUGAGCGCCAACACCUCCCUGGCUAAUGGCACCCAUUACCUGGAUGAGUUCGUUUAUUUGUUCCAGGAUUACUUGCAUGAUAUCGUGCUUUCCGAGACGAACUCUGUCCCGUACACUGACUGUUCGACAACUCACGGGGUUCUAAGUCUCGAUCCAUACGUCCUUCGUUUUGCAAAUGGUACCCCAGGAUACAUCUAUGGGAAUACUGAGCGAUACAACUACAAUGCAUUGGAGGCUUUUGACCUGACAACGUACCCUGUUGGUCGGUUUGUUAAUGAGUUCGGUUUCCACUCCAUGCCCUCGUUCUACAGCUGGGAGGAGGUCCUCGAAAAUCCCGAAGAUUACACAUUCAACUCCUCUGUCGUGAUGUCCCGUGACCAUCAUCCUCCUGCUGGCAAUCUCUCGUGGCCGAACCCCAAUGCGCCUCAGGGCCAGUACCAAAUGUCCAGCGCUGUCGAGUCCUGGCUUCCCACUCCUGGAACUUCAGACUCAAACCAGACCUUUGCCCAAUGGUGCUGGAGCACUCAGCUUUUCCAGUCCAUGAAUAUGGUUGCCGAGAUUGCAUGGUACAGGCGUGGCGCGGGUUUGGGCGAGAACAACCUCGGAAGCUUGGUUUGGCAACUCAACGAUAUCUGGCAGGGUGUCAGCUGGUCAGCCAUUGAAUACUCUGGAAGAUGGAAAGUCCUUCAGUAUGGCAUGACGACUGUCUACUCCCCUGUCAUCAUCAAUCCCUUCUGGUUCCCAGGGAAUGAGUCGCUCACCAUCUUGGCUACGUCUGAUCGCUGGGAAACGGUUGGCGGUACUGCGCAAUUGACAUGGUAUGACUGGAGUGGAAAUGCGAUCAACUCCAUGACCACGCCAUUCUCUAUCCCGACUCUGAACAACUCGCUUAUUUACGAGGGAACUGGUCUCGACACCAUCCUUCCCUUUGGUUACGACGCCAAGGACGUCUGGCUCCUGAUGAACGUGACCGCUACCGUGGACGACAAAAUUGCGACCAGCGAAUCCUAUUUCACGCCGGUGUCGCUUGCCUACUCCAACCUCGUCGACCCACAGAUCGCUGUCAUUGCAGGCGACAACUAUACGUUCACGUUAUCUGCCAAGGGCGGAAUAGGUGCUUGGACGUGGCUUGAUCACCCUUCAGGGACUGUUGGGUACUUCGUUGAUACCACGACUGGGCUUCCUUCAAACGGUUACUACCUCAUUCCUGGUAUCGAUCGCACUGUCCGAUUCGUAUCCAGCACAGAACUGUCGACCGUCCAAAGUCCUGAUCCCGCUGACUUUGUAGUGAGGUCAUUGUGGAAUAACACUCAUAUUUAAGGCGCAGUCCGGAAAAUUGUACACUUGCUAGUCCUGACAACACCAGGUUAUUCGCAUCGUGUAUCCGAAUGAAAGUUAUUCACCUCGGUAGUACAGAGAUGAACUGAUAUAAAAAUUGUAGACAAGGGCGUGCAGGCAAUGUGUUUGAUUACAAUUGCAAUAGCUGAGAAGUGAAACAGAUGACAGACGUGGUAGUAAGUAUGUUCACCGUAGUUGGAAAGAUUGAGGGGAAAUAGACUGUAUCCUAUACGGAGAGGAUUACUUGCUUAGUAGAAAAAGGCUGAGACGGAAAUCCAAAGAAGAACGUGGACGAUGUGUAUCGAGAAGUGAUUGCAUAUGUAGAUAGACGCG